GUUUUUUUUACAUGUGUUUUCGGGCAUGUGUACACUCGUCCCUUUAAUCUUAGUUUAAUCAGAAGAUUAAAGUUAAAUGUAAAAUAACUGCUUCGUGAUGGUUGAAGCUUGGUAUAUGGAUGAUUCUGAUGCCGAUCAAAGGCACGAACAUCAUUUGAAUCCUAAAAAAUAUGUUAAUUUAGAAGAAUUAAAAUCUAAAACUGGAGUUUUAUAUUGGCCAAUAAAUGUGGAUAAUAUAGAAAAAGAAGGUAAAUUAGCUGAAAUCAAGAAGGACAGAGGUUAUAAUUAUGAAGAUAUGUUGAUAUGUUCCAAAGAAAAGUUGCCUGAUUAUGAAAACAAGUUAAAAAUAUUUUAUAAUGAGCAUCUUCAUGCUGACGAGGAAAUUAGAUUAGUAUUGGAAGGAAGUGGGUACUUUGAUGUACGAGACAAUGAAGAUAAGUGGAUUCGGAUCAAGGUAACAAAGGGAGAUUUGUUAGUGCUUCCAGCAGGAAUUUAUCAUCGAUUUACUUUGGAUUUUGAUAACUACAUUAAAGUCAACAGAUUAUUCUGUGGUGAACCAGUCUGGACUGCAGUUCCAAGACCAGCCGAAGAACAUCCUGCUAGAGAGAAGUAUUUGAAAGCUUUGCAUUGUGAAAUGGCAAAAUAAACUUAAUUAAGAUACAUUUACUGAAAUAUGCUCCAGUGUAUUCAUAUAUAAACAGUAAAUUUCUAAUAUUUUUAUAUUAAGUUGAACAGAAUAAUCUAGACAAUUCUGAUGAUUUUAUAAAAAUAUUUUUAUUUGUAUUUUUCUAAACAUAAAUACUGUAUUAUUGUUAAGAAAUUAUAUCUGCUAUAUAUGGAAUGUUUUAAUAAAAGAAA